AUUUGACACAACAACAACAAGAAGAAGAGAAUCGAAGACAACAAGAUCAGAGCAAAGAAUGGCACAAGUAGAAGAGGUAAACACAAGACCCUGUGCGCGAUGUUUCCCUUGUGCUUUGUUUCUGUUUGUUGAAUCGCAAUUUUGCAACGCGACUAGUAACGAUUUGCUACUAUUUUCUCAUAUAAGAACAUGGCAGUCAUUUGCUGUCCUCUCAAUCCCUCGAUUUGUCAUCUCCUGUAGCCCCCAAGAUUCUUUUCUCAACAUGAACUUGUCGAUCAUCCGAUCUUGAUGUCAAAUGACUCCGUUUGUCAGUGGUCGGAACUUUCCAAGUUUGAGAGCUGGAAGAAAUCUCCGGAGAGGAGCGAGCUGUUCAAGGCAGCUGAGCUCAUGGUGGAAGAAGACCUUUGGGAGGAUUCCGAAGAUCGUUCAAACUUGUUCCAGUUCGCCAAGAUUCUGGUCCAGGAGGACGAGUGGGAGGGCAGCCAGGACCGCAGUGAUCAGUUCAAAGUGGCCAAGAUUCUUGCGGAGGACGAGGAAUGGACUAGAUCGAGCUUGAGGAGCGAGCUCUUUCUCUCGUGCUACAUUGACAUCUCGGAGGAGGAGUGGGAGCAUGAGGAGACGAGGUCGGAACUCUUCAAGGAAGUAGCAUGUUCGCACCCAUCCGCUCUCGAAGAAGGUAUUGCGGAUGGGCCACAGCUCUGCAUGGCCAGCUCAGCCAUGCCCAAUGGCCCCACGUUAUUUGCCAGCCCCGUUGAACCGCAGAAUGCAUACCUAGAAGGAGCUUGCAUGCAGGCACUUGAGGAGAUCAUCAUCGAAAGGGGUGAACCAGCAUGUGGCGUAAUGGAGCUGAAACUGCACAAGCACUCGCCAAACAACGUGGCGGAGUUGCCCUUCCAUGCACCGCCUGCGCUAUCGCUGCUUCCUGCAUGCUAAACGAAGCUGCGUGGACCAUUGGAGCAUAGAAACACUACCUGUUGUGUGCCUGUUUUGCUUGGCCGUGUCCGAUUAACACAUUGAUUGUCAUCGUUUUGAAGUUUGGAUGAUGUGGUGAAGGAUAUUUGCUAUGUACCUUAGAUUUUUCUAUCCUUUGAAUGCAAAACAAAAAAUAUAGUUGAUACACUACAAUUAACAAGGUUGCUGGUGAACUUAGGUUCUGUAAUCGAUGUUCGAUCUUGCGUUGAAUUUCUCUUUCUCCUUACUCACGAGGAUCGUCAUCAUCGUACCAAUCCGGAUCCUCUCUGGGCUCAUAAGAGUGCUUCCACAUCUGCCACGGCUCGAU